AUGGCCACUACCACAAUUGAACCCGUAGCUGAUGUUGAAAUGACAGAUGUAUCAGAUUCUCAAGAAAAAAAAGAUGCUGUAGUUAUUCAAGAAAUCAGAGACAAUAUUCGGCAAAUAGAAAAGGCUGUUCAAACCAAAGAAGCACGAUUCAUGUUACGUGUUUUGCGGUCAUGGUCGGUCACUCGGCGAAAGCUUAAUGCUGUAGUCCUGUGGUCUAUCAUUAAUGGUUUCUACACGCACUCUGCUUCUGAUAGAGACUUAUUAUUAACAUAUGUAACUACACCCACAGAUAUACCAGAAGCAAUUAAGAUGCGUACCGGUAAAAAUGCAACUGGAGCUUUAUUACCUGAAAUCGAUGGUUAUAUCCGCUUGUUAGUCUUAGUACAAAUCAUCGAUAAAGAAGAUUACAAAAAAGCAGUUGAAUUUUCUGAUUUACUUAUGGCCAAACUAAUUGAUAAAAAUAGACGCACAUUAGACUUAAUUACUGCUAAAGCUUAUUUCUAUCAUAUGAGAUGUUAUGAAUUAACUGAUCAGUUACAUAAAAUUAAAGGAUUUCUUUAUAGUCGCCUGCGAACAGCUACACUUAAAAAAGAUUAUGAAGGACAAGCUGUCCUAAUAAACUGCUUAUUGAGAAAUUAUCUACAUUACAAUUUAUACGAUCAAGCUGAUAAGUUGGUUCAGAAAUCUGUAUUUCCGGAACAAGCAAGUAAUAAUGAAUGUGCUCGUUUCUUAUACUAUCAAGGUCGUAUUAAAGCUGCCCGCCUUGAAUAUUCAGUGGCACACAAAAAUUUAAUUCAAGCUUUACGUAAAGCACCCCAAAAUUCAGCUAUUGGUUUUCGACAGACUGUACAAAAGUUGGCUGUCACUGUAGAAUUAUUAUUGGGAGACAUUCCUGAAAGACAUAUAUUCCGUCAAGCUAGCUUACGUAAGGCAUUGCUACCAUAUUUCCGUCUUACUCAGUCUGUCCGUUUAGGAGACUUAACUAUGUUUAGUGAAACUCUGGAGAACUUCAAGAAAAAUUUCCUAAGUGAUCACACUUACAUGUUGAUUGUGCGUUUACGUCAUAAUGUCAUUAAAACUGCAAUUAGAGCCAUCGGAGCAUCAUAUUCACGCAUUUCUGUUGACUACAUUGCUGAAAAGCUUGGAUUGGAUUCACCUAUAGAUGCUGAGUUUAUUAUUUCUAAAGCCAUUAGAGAUGGUGUUAUUCAAGCCACCAUUGAUCCUGAACAUGGUUAUGUGCAAAGCAAAGAACCAGUUGAUAUAUACUGCACACUUGAACCACAGAUGGCUUUUCAUCAGCGUAUAUCAUUUUGUUUGAAUUUACAUAACGAUAGUGUAAAGGCUAUGCGUUAUCCACCGAAAUCGUAUGGAAAAGAUUUAGAAUCAGCUGAAGAACGUCGCGAGAGGGAACAACAGGAUUUAGAACUGGCCAAAGAGAUGGCAGAAGAAGAUGAUGAUGGAUUCCCAUGA